AUGGAUUCUGCAGGUGGAAAGAAAGGUAGAGGGAGGGGCGGCGGUGGUCGAGGUGUGCGUGGGGUGGAUUUUGGUCUGGGUAUUGGAUAUAAUACGGAGUCCAAUAGUUCUUCAUCGAAUACUGUUCCUAGUCGAUCUGUUGCAGUAACUCCUCAGAGGACAGGAAUGAUGUCUCAGUUCAAGACUAAAUUUGUUGCCGCUUCAUCUAACUCUCCAAGUCAAGGUUCAGCUAACAGCUCUAGUGUGCCCAACAGACAGGCAUUACGAGGAUUUGUAUCCGGUGGUUCAAUAGGUGGUGAUGUAUAUAGAACUCAGGCAACCAGUACAAUUACUCCUGCUCCUGCUCCAACAUCAAUGGUAAAUAAAACUGCUACUCCGAACACUGGACAAAAUUCAAGUCAGAAACCCUCCGAAAGUUCUAGAGAUAAACCCAGAGAAAGGCGGAGGCGCUCCGUUUGGGACUGUUAACCGUACAGUUGAACUACACCACUCUCGCAUAAUGAAUUAC